AUGGAUGGCACAGCUGGAGCGGCUUCGGGCCAUGACCAGGCUGCUGCCGACGAACUUCGCCAGCAUCUUCUGAAUGUGGAAGACGAGCUAAAGUCGUGCCAGGCAGAGCUCCAAGCAGAGCGUGCCUUGAGCCAGCGGGAAUCCAUCGCUGCGGCUUCCCUGGAGGCACAGCUUGUUGCAGAGCGGCGGCGGGAGAACAGAGUGGAGAGUGAGGCCACAGCCCAGCAGAUGGCCAUCCAGCGUGCAGAAGCCGAGACCAGGAUGCAGCUGGAAUCGGCUCGACAGCUCCGAAUCGAGGCUUUCAAGGCAGCGCAGGAAGCGCAGCACUUGAAGUCCGAGUCCUCAGAGGCAGCCCUUGUCCUGAGCGAGUGCAAGGCAGCUUUGGAAGAGCAUGAUGCAGACGAAGAGAGGCAGAGUGAGCUGACUGAAGAGAACUCCGAGAUGGAGGCAGCCCUGACAAGUGAGACGGCCAUUGUUCACGAGCUCCGGGAGCUUUGCGCGCAGCCGACCAAGGGCCAGUCGGACCCUUUGCUCCGCGAGCCGGUCCUGGAGCGGCAAAGCAGUUUGGGCGACGCGCUCGCCGCCGCAGUGCUGCAGCAGCUGGACUUUCAGAGCAGCCCUGACUGGCUGCCGCUCGCUCGGAGGAGGAGCCUUUCUUGCAUCGCCGCAGCCGCCGGCGAGGACGAUGUGACGAAGGCUGCCUCUGGGGAGCUCAUAUCCUCUGCCAUUGACGCAUGGUGCGCGUCUUCGCUGGAGCCCAACUGGCAGAGCAAGGCGCCGCAGGGUGCCGGGCGCGUCGUCGGUGCCGAGUCCUUCGAGGUUGCCACUGCUGCAGCCCCUGCAGCCGCAGCAGCCCUGCGUCCCAUCUUCAUGGUGCACGACCGGUCGAACCAUGCAGAGCGCGGUGCUCUCCUGCAGCUGUUGAGACUCCUCGAGUCGAAAAUGCCGCGAGCCCAGGAGGCUUCCCUUGCGGCCCUCAAGCUUGAGAUCGCGGAAGCAUCUUCUACGCUGGAGGCUACGCAGCAAGAGACCCUGCUGUGGAAGCAGAGGGCAGAGCUUCUUUUGGGCAGACGCAAGGCGGCCAUGGCGGUGGCAUCGCGCUGGCAUGGUGCCGAUGCCGCAUGGGACUGGUUGAUGGAGCAGGGACAAGGGCCUCAGGAGCUGCAGGACUUGCCCGAAGGCACUGAACUUCGUCUUCAGAACCGGGAGCUCUGCCUCUCGCUGCGCCAGUUCAAGCAGGAUUGCGAGUCGCUGGAGGCCGAAAACCUCAGCCUGAAGGAGGCACUGGCUUGCAUGGAGGAUGACCUGCACAGGGUGUCGGACCAGCAUGCGCAGUUGGUGGGCCACGUGAACCACCGUCAAAAAAUCCGCUACACGAUGAAGCUGAAGGAAGAAAUCAACCGCUUGCACGGUGAUCUCAAGAAGGCGCGGCAGCGAAUCGUUCAGCUGGAAGUGAACAAGGAGAGUGACAGCCUUUUCGAGGCCUUGGCGUCGGUGGUAGGUGGCGAGUCGUACACCACUAGCAAAGCUCGUCGAGGAUCACGGCUGGCAACAAGCCAGCGCCGAGGAUCUGUCGUGGCGACACGGCCGCCAAGACGAGGAGAAGUUUCGAGCCGUGAAGACGACCAGGUGCGCCUGGCUGAAGCAGAGCAGCUUUGCAUGCUGCAGCAGAGCGCACUGGACCGGAUCAGCAUGGACUUCCAGCACUUGAAAGCACUCAUUGAGCGAGCUGUGCAGCUUGCAGACGCCGAGCGCCGCCACGGUGUUGAAGGGGGCAAUUUCGCGGCCCUCCUCCAUCGCUUGCGCGAAAUCAUCGCGGCAAAUCACCGGAAUCCAUCUUCCGGAGGAAGCACCGAUGACCUCGGAAGACUGCCCGUGGCCGCCACAUCCAUCACUUGUGAUGAUGACGACGAAGAGCUGGCAGAAGGAGACACAGUGUGCUAUGGCUGCCCUGAGCCUGAGCAAAAAGACCAUGCCGUCGAAGAGCUCGGAUGA